GUUUUCUUUUUCUGAAUUUUCAGAUUCAACGGUUAGUUUUAUUUUCAUAUUUUGUAUUCAGAAUUUUUCUAACUGCGUAAAAAAGUUGAAAAGUUCUUACUUCAGUUACUUUUUUACUGUCUUCAAUAUCAAAUACUACAUUUUUUUGUUACAGAACUUGGGUUUUUGCGAAAUGUCUUCACCUGACGACAUAUUUACGCUCCUCGACGUUAUGAAGGAAAAACGGGCUGCCGCUUCCAGCGUACUUUCUCAAACGUAUAAACCAAUAAAUUUACCAUAUAGGGAAUGUGUAGAAAAACUUACAUCACUUAUACAGAAAAAUCUCGAGAAUAUUGAUAAUUUAAAACAACUUCAGGAAACGACACAAGAGAAUGUAAAAUAUGCCAGAGAUCUGGAAAAGCAGACGAAAGAAUUUACUCAAAAAAAUGAAGAAAUUAAACAGAAAAGUCUCAUAAUUGCAGAACAGUUGAAAGGAAUAAUGGACCUUAUUAGUGGCAAAGGAAAGGGGUUAGAGGAAACGAGGAGAAAAAUAUUGAUUUACGAAAUGCUCACUUCUGUUAAAUUUGCAACAAGCUCGAAAAGUGGUCAAGUUUCUGGAAACAUUAUUAAUACAGAUGGCCAUAUCCUCGAACAAUUCACUAUAGACAAGGAGAAAUGUUCACAGGAGGAAAUAACUGAACUGAUACAUUCUAAAAUAAAACAAAACGAAUUAGAU